UCGUGUUGUGGGCGGGAAGGGAGCCACCAAAUCCUCGGGGGGAGUUGGAGGAUUGAAAAAAAGCAGCAAUCCGUGGAAUAACAUCCCCGGGAGGGAGAGAGAGAGACAGAGAACAGAAAGAAAGGGGCGGAGGAAAAGUUUCUUUGGGGCGACGCCGCCUGAGCCGCAGCAGCAGGAGCAGCCUCCUCUUGACAAGGAGCGCCUUUCAUCGCCGCUCAGGAGAGAAAAGGAGGAGAAGGAGCGAGAGGAGAGAGGCAUCCCUGCCCAGAGAAAGGAAGAUGAGGAUGCGGCUCUUCGCCUCCCGGAGGGUCUCCCCCGUUUUCCGCCUCCUUUGGUGCCUCCUGAGCGCAUCGUGGGCCUCUGCUGCCGGGCCCACAUACCUUCUAGCAGCUCCUGAGAUCAUCAGGCCUGGAGCAAACAUUACUAUUGGAGUCGCUCUGCUGAAGGCAAGCCCACCACAAGUUACAAUCAAAGCAGAAGUGCUUUCUGGGAACAAUUCAGUGCUUCACGGAGAAGGCGUAUUUCAAAGAGAUUCUCUUGGGAUACUUGUUCUUCCAGCUCUUCCCUUAGAAAGUUCUCCUGGUAGUUACAACUUACUCGUCAAAGGGUAUUCAGGAAGCCUGCUCCUGUUUUCCAAUCGUACUACCCUUUCAUUUGAACACAAGAGCUUCUCCGUCUUCCUACAGACAGAUAAAUCUGUGUACAAACCAGGGCAAGAUGUGAAAAUACGGAUUGUUACUCUGCAUCCUGACCUUAAGCCCUUCAACACUCCUGUAAAUAUAUACAUUCGAGAUCCUCGACGCAAUUUGAUUCAGCAGUGGCUGACACAGAAUGGGAAGCUGGGCAAGAUAGCCAAGCAAUUCAAACUAUCUAAACAUCCUAUGUUGGGUGACUGGAGUCUACAUGUUGAAGUAAAUGACCAAGUACACCAUCAGACAUUUACUGUCAUGGAAUAUGUGUUACCAAAGUUUGAGGUCUUUCUAACAACGCCACUAUAUUACUCCCCAAAAGCUAUGAAUUUCAAUGGUACUGUCACAGCAAAGUACACGUAUGGAAAGCCAGUGAAAGGGAAACUGACUGUUACUUGCUUCUCAGUGUUCUAUGGAAAGAAGAGAAAUAUCACUAAAAUGCUGGAGUUUAGUGGAUCUGUGAACUUUACACUUGACAGUCUGGAGAUGAAGAACAUAACAUAUGCAGAUUGGGAUCCCCAUGCUUUCCACCAGAUGCCCAUAGAGAUCACAGCUGUGGUUACAGAAACACUUACAGGAAUCAGCCAAAAUGCAAGUGCUACUGCAUUUCCAAAGCAUCAUGAUUACUCCUUAGAGUUUGUUGAGUUUCCAAGAGUUCUCAAGCCUUCUCUAACUUUCAUUGCUAUGCUGAAAAUAACAAGAUUUGACAACAAGCCACUUACACACGAUGAAAGGAUGAAUAAUGUAAUGGUCUCUUUUGAACCUUCCAAAAAUGUUGGCUUUUUCCAAAGAAUUUACUACAUGUACGAUGACGAUGACAAUGAAUCACAGACAAAUGAAACAGCGCAGAACCUGAGUUAUCCUGUUCCAGAAGACGGAAUUAUUCAAAUUGAAUUUCCAAUUCAGGAAAAUACAACAAGAUUGAAUAUUAAGGCCAAAUUUCUGGAAAGCCAAACUUCUAUAGCCAUACAUGACACCUUCUACUCUGCCAGCAUGACUUACCUUCAGAUUAAAAAAGCAAGUCAAGAUGUAAAGGCUGGAGCACCCUUGGAAUUGAAUGUCCAGAGCAACAAACCAUUGAAAGAGAUCAGCUAUAUGGUGGUAUCUAAAGAACAAAUUGUGGCUGCAGGUAAAAAGAAGUCUACAACAUUUACUUUAACCCCAGAAAAUUCCUGGGCUCCUUCAGCAUGCAUAAUUGCCUACCAUGUGGAUGAUAAUGGGGAAGUAAUAAACGAUGUCCUCAGGUUUCCUGUUCAGCCAGACUUCAAAAAUAAGAUUAAAAUGCAUUGGAGUAAAAACAAAACUAGACCUUCGGAGGAUGUCACUCUUAAAAUCAGUGUCACUGAACCCAAAACAACAAUCGGACUUCUUGUUGUUGACAAAAGUACAAAGCUGUUGGGGAAAAGAAGUGAUAUCACAGAGGAUGCUAUCCUCCAUGAGCUGAGUUUAUAUAAUACAGCACUCCAUUAUGGGGAAGCCAGAAAUGCCUACAGUGUCUUUCAGAAAUGCAAUCUCUGGGUAUUGACGGAUGCCAGCCUUCCAGAACAUAUUGGAGACUAUGAUUUCUUAGAUAGUGAAAGUGUAGAUUAUGCUCUUUAUGAUGAUGUUCACCAUCAUUUGGAGACCUCAGCUAUGCCUGUGGAUUUUGGUAAUCCCUAUGUAAGGACAAAUUUUCCAGAGACAUGGAUUUGGCGUGAAAUCAUGACAAGAUCUACUGAAACGACUGUGAAUGUAACUGUUCCCGAUACCAUUACUUCCUGGGUAGCCAGUGCAUUUAUAAUAUCUGAAAACCUUGGAUUUGGUGUGAUUAAAAUGCCCAUUGAGUUAGAAGUCUUCCAGAAGUUUUUUAUGUCUCUAAACCUCCCUCAUACUGUGACAAGAGGAGAGCAUUUUAUGUUGGAAGUAAAUGUAUUCAAUUAUAUGAAAGAAAACACUGAGGUCACAGUAACUCUUGAUACAAGUGACACCUUUGAAAUCCUUAUAAUUUCUAAUGAUAUAAAUGCCAUGGGAAACCAACGGUCAGUGUGGGUCCCAAGUGAAGAUGGGAGGACUGUCAUUUUCCCAAUCAAACCAAAGCAAAUUGGAGAGAUUCCCAUCAGAGUGACCGCAAUAUCUCCCAUUGCUUCUGAUGCUCUUUUCCAGAAAGUUUUAGUAAAGGCUGAGGGACUGGAACAGUUUCAUUCGCAGGCACUUAUUUUGGAUUUGGCAAAAAGAAGCAGUCUUACAGAAAAUUUGAACUUCACUUUCCCCUCUAAUGUUGUACCUGGCAGUGAAAGAGUUCAAAUCACAGUUAUUGGUGACAUGCUGGGUCCUUCUAUCAAUGGUCUUGAGUCCCUGAUCAAGAUGCCUUAUGGAUGUGGGGAACAAAACAUGAUCAAUUUUGCACCCAAUAUUUAUGUCUUGGACUAUCUGACUAAAACAGGUGACCUCCAGUCUAAUCUGAAAUCGAAAGCUGUGUCCUAUAUGAGAGAAGGCUACCAAAGGGAGCUUCUUUACCAAAGAGAUGAUGGUUCUUUCAGUGCUUUUGGAAACAGCGACCAUUCUGGAAGUACAUGGUUAUCAGCUUUUGUGUUACGAAGUUUCACUCAAGCUCAGCCUUUCAUUGACAUUGAUCCAUUCAUACUGGAAAAAACAGCAGCUUGGAUUGCCAGUCAUCAGAAACCGAGUGGAGAAUUCCAGGAACCUGGAAGAGUGUUACACACUGAACUCCAAGGAGGCACUAACAGCUCUAUCUCGCUUACAGCUUAUAUUAUGGCUGCCUUACUGGAGUAUCAGAUGGAUAAGUACGAUAAUAAUAUAAGAAGAGCUUUGAACUUUCUGGAAUUUAAAUUAAGUGAAGGCAUAUCUGAUAACCAUACUCUAGCUCUUGUGACUUAUGCUUUAUCGAUAGCAAGGAGUACAGAUGCAAAGAAAGCUCUGGAUUCACUGAACGAGAGAGCAGAACAACAAGGAGAUCACAGGUUCUGGAUCUCACCAGCUUCUGAACUUUCUGAUUCUUGGCAGCCACGUUCUGUAGAUAUUGAGGCUGCUGGCUAUGCACUGUUAUCUCAUGCUAAACAACAAAGAUUGUUAGAGGGGAUCCCUAUUAUGAAAUGGCUGAGUCAGCAAAGAAACCACCUGGGAGGUUAUUCUUCUACACAGGACACGGUGGUGGCUCUGCAAGCUUUGAGUGCCUGUGCAAUGUUGACUACUGGCAUUGAAACAGAAAUGGAUGUGACAGUUACUUCAUCCAGUGAAGAAAUUCCAGUGACGUACAAAAUCAAGAAAGAAAACCGCUUUCUUCUCAAGACCAAAGAGAUUGCAGCUACACAGCCAGUGGGAAUUACCAUUUCUGCAAAUGGUCGUGGUUUUGGAAUAUUUCAGCUCAAUAUUAUGUACAAUGUAGACAACUCACAUACCAGCCGGAGACGUAGAUCAGCACAAGAUCAAGAAGCCUUUGACUUGGAUGUCAUAGUGAAGGAUGACAAAAAAGAUAUUAAUCAUUUAACACUGAAUGUCUGCACUAGGUAUUUGGGUACUGGCUCAUCUUCAAGGAGUGGCAUGGCUCUUUUAGAAGUUGGAUUGUUGAGUGGUUUUUCUUUGUCACCCAGUUUCAUGUGUGUAGACGAUCCAAUUAAGAAGGUGGAGACAGAUGAGGGCAAAGUUCAUUUAUAUUUGGAUUCUUUAAAUGCAACACAGGUUUGUGUAGAUAUUCCAGCCGUGAGGGACUUCAAAGUAGCAAAUACUCAAGAUGCCUCUGUAACGGUGGUGGAUUAUUAUGAACCCAGAAGAAGAGCAGUGAGAAGUUACAACUCUGAAGUGAUGCAGAGUUUAUCAUCUUGUACCUUCUGUGAAAAGGAUGAAUGUGAUCUCUGUGAAACAGAUGGCUCUUCGUUGAUUUCUCUCUCUUGUGAACUGUUAGUUGUACACAUAAGCCUGCUAUAUUGUUGGCUCAUCUUAUAACGUGGACACAUUGUGUUCUGGCUGUUCUCCAUAAAGGUAACCCACAAAACGGAAUGUGGGACAUAGGAGAAUUUACACCCAAUAAGGCCCAGAGGUUGAGAACUCCUCACAAGAAUUCAUGUCUUAAAACAAAUGUAUCCUUUUUCAAGAAGGGUCAGAUUCUUCUCCGAGGCAUCAGAAUAGAAAGUUCCAGGCUGGAACCAUUUCCCCUAUUUUUAGUCUCAGUGUCAUCUCUUAUUCCCACCGAUGUUCAAGGGCAGAGUGCAAAAUCCUAUGCAGUAUGAUUUCAUGUGGGGCUUAGUCCCAGUAGGUUGGUAUAUCAUUGCAGCCUAAACUUUUGUGUCUAGUGACAGAAGGAAGAUCCAAACUCUAAAUUCUGGCUAUGUCAGAAACUUUAACAUUAAAAAAGAGAAUAUUUUAUGCAUUUAGGUGGCCGGAUUUAUCUGCAAAGAAGUAUAUAUUUUAAUGAAGUUCUUUAUUUGGGUACUGCAAAUGGAGAUUUUUUUUUUAAAAAAUAGUUUUAGUUGCAGAUAUUAUAUAUAAACAGGUUUACCUAAGCCAUAUCUUCAGUUUCAUUUGUGUUGCUUGUUAGGCUGAAUUAACAUUUAUGUAGAUGUAUUGUUGGCUUCAGUGGUGAAGGGUCAAGACCCAUAUCAGACAGGUUUAACGUAAUGAGCGUUUGUGGAUUAGGUUAACUUUUAUUUUACUUCUUGAUCAUAUUUCACAGACAUAAAGACCCAUAUAUGAACAGGAUUGUAUAAUAGGUAGAACAGGAAAAGUAGAAUAACACAAAGAAAGGAAACUGAGCUGCUUACAAGCAGCUAAACUUUAUUUACACUCAGGUUACAAAGUGAAGAAUUCUGAAAGCAGACAUGUUUCGACUUUAAAAUAUAUUUUGUGUAGUGUUUUUUUUAAACGAAACAAGAAAAGAUUUGUCACAAGGUCUUCUCAGCCUCAAUUUUAGAAAUUGUUUUAAUUUACAAUAUGAAAUAUAUUGCUUGGUUCACAGUUAGAGAAGCAGUUCAUAUGGUUGUCUAAUA